CUACAUUGUUUGCUUCAUGGAUAUAGGGGCAACUAAUCCGUGGACCCCACAGAUUUUAAGGGUCCAAAUCCAUGGAUCUCAUGGAUUUGAAAGUUACACCUCUUUAGGUGGGAGUUGAUCAUGGACUUUUGAAGUCCAUCAUAUAUGACCAAGCUACGUACCCUUCCUACUAUCUUUCUCUUCUCAUAUCAACGAGGGCAGUGUAGGUCAAUUUUACUUCAUACAUACAAAUCUAAUUAACAAAGUCCAUAAUGAAAUCUAUGAAACAAACAAUGGUAUUUUUAAAGUCCAUAAUGAACCAAAAACUCUCAUAUAUCCAUGGUUUUAUAAAACCCAAGUUUUACCAAAACCUUCAUUAUUCAAAUCAAUGAAGCAAACGAACCGUAAGUGUCCGGUGUGUUAGGUAACGUAAAAACGCUUCAAUUAAGGGAUUCACGGUGAGUAUUAGGUAUUCAGAAUACGAUGACGAAGUAAGGUGACACAUUGUGGAAUUAGACGGAAUUAGGUAGUCAAUAUCAAAAGGGAGAAAUCAACAUCAUCUCCAACUCGAUCUCCUGUCAUAAAUCAUUAGGUCUCAAUAUAUAAUUCGAGUUGUUGGGAGAAGUCCAUAUAUACAUAUGGAUCUUAACUAUUUCUUAUGCACACCCACUCAAACGAAAUCCAAUUGAUCAAGGUCUUGAAGUUUGCACAGACCCAACAUAUACCAUGUGCUUGAAUGAACUGCUAAAUAUUAGGUGUCGUGAGAAUUUGAAUAUAUGACUUCAUGACGGAUGCUUUGAUUCCAUGUCAUAAACCAACUGAUCCUACUAGCUCAUAUUGUUUGUAGAUGUCUAUGUAUGGAUCUUAACAACUUUCGUACACUCAAAGCAGUCAAAAUCCCGAUUUAAAUUCUAAAAUCCUACGAUUUAUUUUACGACUUUACUAACCUGUUUCGAUCUUGAUUUCACUAUAAAAUCUAUGGACCUUAAAAUCCUAUAUUAUUCACGAUUUAAAUCCUUAAAAUAUUUAAAAUCUUAUGAUUUUACGAUUCAAAUCUUAGUGUUAAUUUUACUUGUUUUCCCUAGAAUUUGCAAAAUCACGCCUCUUUUCCUUCUCCUACACCGACAUCAUCUAGUUCUCGCUCACUAAUCACCAUCGACCAUCAUCAAUUCACAUCAACUUACUAAUCAUCAUCGAUUCACCACUUCCCAACGUUAACUUUGAUAAAUUGGAACAUUACCCUUGAGAAAUUAUCAUUUUAAGUGUUAGGUAUUUUUGUGUUAUUCGUUAUUUUCCUUCUUAUUAUUAUGCCCUCUUCGUUUCUAUAUGAACUUUAAAAUCUUACGAUUUUACUAUUCCAAUUUUACCCCCUUUUUCGAUUUUACUUAAAAUCCCGAUUUUGACUGCUAUGCGUACACUCUCUCAAUCUUUCCAAUAUCUCAAGAGCUAAGCGAGCUACUAUACUACGAUCAUGUGAACUUAUAAGUUAUUUUUCUUGUGGUUACGUGAAGAGUAAGUUCUUAAUCAUUUGAACUGAAGUACUAAAAGUAUUGUAAAUUGUUGCUGGAUUCAUCAUUUAGUAUAAGCUUCUAUUUUUACUUAUACCAUCUAGACACACUUAGGCAAUCAGUUAGGCACAAGACAAGGCCUCAACGCUAGUUUUACGCUAAUCAUUCAUUUGUUAUAUAUGUAAAAAGGUUAAAUGUGAUUCCUCCGUUGCUCGCUGCUUCUUUUCUCCACUUCCAUACAUAUACGAUCUUCCUCUGUCAACUUGCCCCACCAUUACAUCCAAAUUCCAAAACCCCAUGAUCGCGAUGGUUUCGAAAGAGUGCAUGGCUGCAGAUCGAGCAUUUCUUCUGGAUAAGAUAUUAUGCAAUCGUCGGGCAGGGACCGAUCUUGCACUGCAAAACUCGGAUUCCCAUAUAUCGUCGAAGCCAUAUGUAGUACGUACUCUCUGGUCCGGCGCGAAUCAAAAUAGUAGGCCGGCCGGCCUCGAGGGCAAAAUGUGAAGCAAAAGGGCCACAACCGCACGAACUAAUUAAGAUCGAGGCUGCAUUUCUAGCAGCUACUAUAGGUGAAAAUGGAAUAAACACAGAGAGGGACAUGCAAGCAACGUAUGCAUGCGUGGACCAUCUCCAUUGUUGAUGAUGAGCUAAGCCAGCCAUAUAUGGCAGGAAAAAAAUUCGUCUCGAGCUUGAUAGCUUCUUCACUUUAUAUUUCUCCAGCACACAGACAGGUCAAUAUUGCAUGGCUCGAAGUGAUCGUAUAUGGAAUUUUGCAAGCUAGGUCCACUCCUUUCUUUUUUCCUUUGGGAUUCCUCACUAGCUACGUACAACAUAUAUAUGCAGUAUUAUAAUACACGCACGCACGUACGAGUUAUAACUAUCAAGAUCGUUCACGAGAACUCUAGAAAUAUGUAUUUACGUAUUGUUGCCUUCUUUCUUUCAUCGAUCGAUUCGAUUCGAUUCUCUCUGUGUCGAGAGAAUAUGUACGUACGUAUUCAUUCGAUUUCCCACUAUACAUAGAGCUAGGAAUAGUGGACAUAUAUUAAUUAUUCAUCAUCGCGAAGGAUCGGCCGUAGCUUUCAGGCCUUGAGACUUGGCCACGUACGAUAUAUUCGGAAAUGACAAUCCUACUGCGUACGAUCUGUUCUUUUAAUUUCCUUCAAAUGGACGCAUGCAGAAGUGUAGUCGUGAGGUUAAUUAGUACGUACUAUCUAGGACAAGGUUAUGAAACAGCCCCAACCGGAGGCCAAGGGCCAGAUUAAUCCAUUCGUUUUAUACCCUCAAAUGAGAAAGCUCAAAUCUCAAAUCUUCAAUGGGCAAAGUGCAUGAGUUAGUCCUUGUUUCGUUUUUGCUCUGUCCAUUACGGAAAAAAACUUGAUGAAUACAAGGGAUACAGUAGUACAUUAAUAUACAAAAAAAAAAAACGAGAUGGCCGGUGAUACAACGCAUGGUCUUCCAAACGUGAAAUAAGUGUUAGAAGUGCACUUAGUCGAUUUAAUAUCGAUAAACAUAGCAAACAGAAUCAAAGCUAGUUUGGAAUCGAUAUUUGGGAUAUUACCCAAUACCUUAUCAAAUUUAUUACUAUUUAGUAUUACCUAAAAUCGAGUUAUUUUUGGGGAUUAAGGUUGAUUUCAGUGUACUUAUAAAAAUAAAAUAAAAGUGUUAUUCAGUAUUUGAGAUUACAGAAUUGAGAUUUGUGUAUGCCAAAAUACAAAAAAAAAAAAAAAUACAUAAAAGACCGUAACCUCUAGUCCUUCAUCAUUAUUUGAUAACUCGCAAGCCCUCAUGCAUCCAACCAAACUUGGCUUUUGAGUUUUCCUAGGUUACUCUUGUUAUUUUCAUAAUACAAAAAAGUAAAAAUUCUCAUUUGUCGUCUCUCAACCUCCAAUCCAUUGAAUCAAAGAUUACACAUCUGACAAAAAAUUGAGAUAUCAUCAUCUCUUCCUUUAUCUAUUUGUCCUUGCCUUAUCUCUAUGCAAACUCAAAACCAAUUACCAAGUCUCCUAACCCCCAAACGAGAAACCUGUGUUGAAUCCAUUCAAUGCAGAAUUAGACUUAAAUUCCCAUCACAAGGCUUUUCAAUCUUGAAAUUAAAGCUCCAAAGCAUACACUCAUAUAAAAUAUUAGAGAUUAGGGAUAAUCGAACCAUUAUUUAUUUAUUUAUUUAUAUUAUUAUUAAUUAUGUAGGUCAUUACAUUGGUCUUCUGGAAUAUCAAUACCAUAUCAACAUAUUUCAUAUUGAAGACCAUGCGCUGUCCCUUAUGCUUAACUAGCAAGUUGUAGCUACUGGAAUCUCAUGAAGACCACUCAAACAAUAUAUUCAAUGGACAACCAAAGAAUGUAUAAAAAAAACUCUCAUCAAACUUUAUUAUACAUCAGCAUUAGUAGAUGUAUAUAGAGAUAUUACAAAAGUUGUAGGGAGAUUCAUUAUCAUUAGGCGUUACAAUUUAAAGUAUUGCAAAGCCUAAUACAUGAAAUCCCGAUAC